AUGGUAAACCAGGUCCAUCAGCUUUCCUACAGCCCGCUUACGGCGCAUGCUUUCAAUGCCGAUCGCACUAGGGUCGCAGUCGCCCCGAACUCCAAUGAGAUCUGCAUUUACGCACAGACAGCUGAUGGCUGGGUGCUGGAGCAUACGCUCGUCGAGCAUGACAAGGUCGUCACUGGUCUCGAUUGGGCGCCACGCUCAAAUCGAAUUGUAAGUUGCUCGCAGGAUCGUAAUGCGUAUGUAUGGACCUACAGUGGCACGGCAUGGAAGCCCACGUUGGUCCUCCUACGCCUGCAGCGUGGUGCAACAGCUGUUCGUUGGAGCCCACGUGAAGACAAAUUUGCCGUGGCAAGUAGCGCACGCGUGAUUUCUAUCUGCUCGUUUGAAGAGGACAACGACUGGUGGGUGGCCAAGCACAUCAAGCGGCCUUUGCGCUCGACUGUAUCCUCGAUCGAUUGGCACCCGAACAAUGUCCUCCUCGCCGCGGGCUCGGCGGAUUUCCAUGCGCGUGUGUUCAGUGCGUAUAUCAAGGGUGUUGAUGCCAAGCCGCCUCCCAGCGUUUGGGGCGAGCGUGUGCCAUUUGGAACCGUCUGUGGCGAAUUUACGACACCGGCAGGCGGCUGGGUCCAUGGCGUAGCAUUCAGUCCAAGCGGUGAUGCCCUGGCGUUUGUCGGUCACGAUGCCUCGCUGACCAUCGUGUACCCUUCAGCGCCGGACCAGCCACCGCAUGCUGUCCACUCCAUUCGCCUGCCGAGCCUGCCCUAUGUGACGCUUCUCUUCUUGAGCGAAACAUCGUUGGUGGCAGCAGGUCACGACUGCCAGCCUAUGGUGUUUGAAGGCAGCUUGGAGCAAGGUUGGCGUCUUACACGCAGUCUGGAUACGGCGGGCACAGCGGCCUCCAAGCCCAAGCCGCCGCCUCCGCCGCCCAAAAAGCCUGGUCUCGCCGGCGCGCCCGCCGCCGCCCCUGGUGUUGGCCGCUUGAACAACGAAGCAUUUGCGCGGUUCCGCGAGGCGGACUCGCAUGGCCGUACAAGCAGCUCGCCCUCGCAGAAUCAGGCCGACAACGCGCCCCAGUCGUUUGGCGCAGUCGCAGGCGCUAGCAUUGCCGACGAUGGCGAGCUGCAUACAACGCACCAAAACACCAUCACCCAUGUCCGCCUAUACGCAGGCGAGCCUGCCCAUGUGGAUACUAUUAGUACGAGCGGUGUGGAUGGCCGUUUGUGCACCUUUGACACGGCAAAGGGCAGCACAGCCAUCGCGCCGAUCCUUCGUGGCAUCGCAAGUAUGCGUCUCGUGUAA